AUGGACAUUCCUUCUCGUGUAAGAAGCGUCGUAGAGAAUAUCAACUUUCGCACGAUUCUGUUCAAUAGGGUUCCGAAUUCCAACGCUGUCUUUGAUGCGAUCAGAGAAAACGGAAAAUGGUCUAGACAUGACACAAUAUUUAUGGGGAACCACGCCUUUGCUACCGUAAUGCGUAUGGAAGCGGGCACACAUGUAGAUGAAACUGACCCCAGAAUCUUAAAAUACGCUUCUUCGAUCCUCUGGAAGGAAGCUCCAUCACAAUCAAAGCAAAUUUAUAUAGACUGCGCUCGACAA